AUGCUAUCAUCUCAUCUCCGCUUCAAACUACCAGUGGUACUCAGUGCUGUUCGUGGAGUGCCAGGGCUACGGUACUUCUCCAGCAACAAUCACGUGUUACUCAAUUUCGUCGAUAGUGAAGGCAAUGCUGUGAAGACCGUGAGCGCCCCAGUGGGACAGUCCCUCCUGGAGGUGGCCCAUGCUAACGAUAUCGACAUUGAAGCUGCUUGCGGUGGUCAGUGCGCUUGUGCCACGUGUCACAUGAUCCUCCCAGAGGACGUCUUUAAAUUAAUACCCGAGCCGGAUGAGGAGGAACUGGACAUGCUCGACUUGGCAGCAGAAGUAACCGACACGAGCCGACUCGGGUGCCAAGUUACUGUCAUUCCCGAGAUGGACAAGAUGACCAUCCGUUUGCCAUCGGAAGCAUUGAGUCAGAUGCUGUGA